AUGGAUCAGAACCCGUACGAUACAUACUCUUGUGCGGAGGUCCAUUAUGAUGAGCGCGGGCUCGAGGGGGAUGAUUCCGGACAGUCGGCGAUGCCCAAGGACAUCUACAACGCGCCGUACGCGCGGAAAGGGGCCAUCCUUCGGGCGCUGGGUUGGGAUACCGGGGUCUGGGGAAAGAGAGGUAUGGAAACGCCAUAUUGCAUUUUUAAGCCCGUGGGUCUGCUUCCCAAAAGACAGUAUUGUGCAAGCGACGCUCUGUGGCUCAGGAUUGCCUCUCAGGUGCACGACAUCGAGAUGAUCCAGUACCUCAGGACCGCGUGGGAAAGAUGGAAGGGCAUGCCGAUGAAAAAUCGUUGCAAGUUUUUCCGGCGCGAGAAAGAUGGGGAGUCCGACCCCGCCGCGGUGCCUGCUCUGGUCCCUUCGAACUUCGCGCAGAGAUCGGAGCCUGGCAGCAAAGCAGGUACCGAUGUCCAUUCGCAGACCAACUGGUACCACACGGACGACGAGACGCCAAUAUUCGAGGGUCUACUGGAGACGUUGGAGUCAGACAUUUUGGUGGCACUUAAAACAUCUGAAGCGAUGUUGCGGUGGAGACAAAACCUAAAGGCUCGACCGCAGUCGCGAUAUUUCUACUCACUCGUCACGCACCCAGGUCAUCACGCGGGGAAGUCAAGCAUUGGAGGGUACUGCUACGUCAACAUCGCCGCGUUGAUUGCCCACCAUAUCUUGCAUCCCGCCGCACCAGAAGAAUAUUAUGGGCAAUCCAAGUACGAGAAGGUUGCGAUACUCGACGUCGACUACCACUGCGGCAACGGCACCAUCUCGAUCUUCUGGGACCGACCCGACGUGUUCGUGGCGUCGAUACACGCGGACCCGAGCGGCGACUACCCGUGGAACAGCGGCUUCGCGGAUCAGAUUGGAGAGGGAGCCGGUGAGGGCAAGACCCUCAACCUGCCGCUCACCCCGGGCGCGGGUUGGGCCGAAUACGAGAAAGCCCUGAGGGCGGCUCUCGCGGCGAUAAAGGACUUCGGGGCUGAGGCAAUCGUCGUCUCGCUCGGUCUGGAUACCCACCGCGACGUUCCCGUGCAGGAGAAGGCCACCGCUGGGAUGGGUUUGACCUCGGAGGACUACUUUGAGAUGGGAAAGCUCCUGGGUGGUGCCAACUUGCAGUUGGCCUUUGUCCAGGAGGGUGGGUAUCAGGUCGCCGUGGCGGGUCAGCUGGUGGCUCAGGUCUUCCGGGGAGUUGAGGCGGAGUUCAACCGAACGCUGAGUCGCAAGCGCCGCCUAGACUAG